UCGUACUACGACAAAGUAGUCCGCGUUAUAAAUAGACGACAUUUCCAAUCAAAGGGGCGCGUUUGAGGGGACAUUUUCAGUUUCAGUGUAUAUUCAGACGCGUGUUCGGUAAACAGUGCUGGUUUUUUGCCGUGUUUUUUUUGACGGAAACGGUCGGUUUGUAUCCGCAGCGGAGGGAUACGCAACGUCCCCCCCCCCCGUGCGCGUCAAAAUAUUGGCUGGGGUAGACCGCGUCAAAGCUCAGACAGCGGCAACUCUUCAGGAUAACAACACAUCGCCGAGGACGUUUCAACUACUCAAGUCGGGACUUCUCGUCGUCGUUGUUGUUGUUUCAUCCCAGGAAGAUCUUUGCUUUUUUUUUAUUGGAUCUACCCUUGAGUCGAGAAGCAGCUUUAAUGUCGGUUUUCGGGCAACGGCGUGCGACUUUACGGUCGUGACACGCAUUUAACGGGCGCGGUACGUCCACUACUGGACGCGCCACACCACUAUUUAGACGGAGCCCGCAUCCUUUUUUUAAGUCCUCAAUACUCUUUACUGGAAUUACUACAAGCGGCUUUUUUUUCUGUUUUUUGUGUGUGAAUCUAACAUGUUGCUGUCAAAGUUUGGUUCAUUUUCGCACAUUUGCAACCCGUCGAGCAUGGACCACCUGCCGGUUAAAAUCCAGCUUCAGCCUGUCAAAGUGGAGAAGGAGCCCUUCGAGAAGAUGUACCAAGUAGGCUCGGUGCUGGGCAGCGGCGGCUUCGGGACGGUGUACGCCGGCAGCCGGCUCUCUGACGGCGCACCGGUUGCGGUUAAACACGUCGCCAAGGAGCGGGUGACCGAGUGGGGUUCACUUAACGGAGCCAUGGUGCCGCUGGAAAUCCUCCUGCUCAAGAAGGUCAGCUCGUCUUUUCGCGGCGUUAUCAAGCUGCUGGACUAUUACGAGCGGGCGGACGGCUGGCUCAUCGUCAUGGAGCGGCCGGAGCUCGUCAAGGACCUGUUCGACUUCAUCACCGAGAAGGGCGCCCUGGACGAGGACACCGCCAGGGGGUUCUUCCGCCAGGUCCUGGAGGCGGUGCGGCACUGCUACAGCUGCGGCGUGGUGCACCGGGACAUCAAGGACGAGAACCUGCUGGUGGACCUGCGCACCGGGGAGCUCAAGCUGAUCGACUUUGGCUCCGGGGCGAUCCUCAAGGACACGGUGUACACCGAUUUUGACGGCACCAGAGUGUACAGCCCGCCUGAGUGGAUCCGUUUCCACCGGUACCACGGCCGCUCCGCCACGGUGUGGUCGCUCGGCGUGCUGCUCUACGACAUGGUGUGCGGAGACAUCCCCUUCGAGCAGGACGACGAGAUCCUCAAAGGGAGGCUGUACUUCAGGAGGAGAGUGUCAGUCGAGUGUCAGCAGCUGAUCAAGUGGUGCCUGGCCCUGCGUCCCUCCGACCGGCCCACGCUGGAGCAGAUCUGCGACCACCUCUGGAUGAGGAAGCCCGCCGCAGAGGAGCCGCAAGCCGCCGAGGAGCCGGCGGCCGGCGACAUCCGCCUCAGGACCAUCGACACGGACUCCUCGUCGAGCACGACCUCGAGCAAGGAGAGCCUCUGAGGACGGCUCUCGCUGGACUGAAAAGACUCUUAGAGCCCAGCUGGCCAAUCCGUGGCCAGGAAUACAAUUUAAUUUUCCUCUUUUGUAGGGAAUUUCUAAUUUAUUACUGUUUGUUGUUGCUUAUCUUUAUUUGCCCCUAAUCUUUUCUUUCAUUCUACAAACUCUUGUUUCCAAAAGGGGAACAUUUUUGCUGUUUGGGCGGUCUUACCAGCUCUAUUUAUUCACCCCCUCCCUUAACUUGUUUUGUUAGUAGGCUGGUAUAUGCAGCUGGCAAGGCCUUCCUAUUCAGAUAUGGCUGCUCUCAUAGAGCUUUAAAGACAAACUUUUUUGUUUAUUUUUUAUUUCAUUUUUUGUUUUUGGAGUGCCUUUUUUUGAAAAGCUGCUUUUCUGGGGGGGGCUUUCAUCUCAUUUUGGAGUAGCCCGCAGUUUGCGCGCCAAGCUGACAGGCUGUUAGCAUUAGAGAGGGGGGAGGUUCCCGAGAAUGGAAUACUUGAAACACACGUGUGUGUAUAUAUACAUAUACACACACACACUACAUGUAUGUAUGUAUGUAUGUAUAUAUAUAUAUAUAUAUAUAUAUAUAAUACUAUUACUCUUCGAAGCUGCUCACUCACUCUAUAGCCUGAACAGGUGUUUUUUGCAAACUGGAUCCUGUCUUUUUCGGAAUGUCUACAAAAUGUCAACACACAUACACCUCCACCCCGCUCUGCCUUUUCUCUCCCGAUUGCCUCCCGCCAUCUCACCGCUUGACACUUCAUGGCCCCCCAACCCCUGGUGUUCUUCAGGGGGCUAUUUAUGGGGUGUGAAAUGCACAAUCAAUGCAAUAUUCAUAAUGUUUUCUUAUUUUGGGCAAAUAGUGUACAGUGUGCCCCCCCUCCCCUCUUUUAGUGUGUGUACAUUUUUCCUCUUUCAUUUAAUUUAUUUGUAACAUGUAGACAUU